GUUUGAUGUCCGCGCAUGCGCAGCGCGGAGGGCGGGGCGACGCGUCAGAGGCACGUGACAUCGCCGCCGCUCCACUUCCUUCUUCCGGGAUCGAGAGUCUCCAAACAUCCUCCGCCGAGUGAAAUAAUGUCUCAUCAGACGGGUAUUCAGGCUGCUGACGAGGUGAAAGAUGUUUUCGGCAACGCCAGGAACGGACAGUACAGACUCCUGAAGAUCGUGAUCGAAAACGAGGAGCUGGUUCUAGGCUUCACCAAAGCGGCCGCUCGCAGCUGGGAGGAAGACUAUGAUGCUCUUCUGCUUCCUGCGCUGGAUAAAGAGCUGCCCUGUUAUGUCCUGUUCCGCCUGGACUCCACCAACAGCCUGGGACACGAGUGGAUCUUCAUCGCCUGGUCACCUGACCACUCACCGGUGCGGCACAAAAUGCUGUACGCCGCCACCAGAGCCACGCUCAAGAAGGAGUUCGGCCUCGGACACAUUAAAGAUGAGAUGUUCGGCACCGUAAAGGAUGAUGUUUCUCUCAGCGGAUAUAAGAAACACGUCACGGCUCAAUCGGCUCCUCUGCCACUGACGGCCGCUGAGGAGGAACUACGACAGAUCAAACUCAGUGAGGUUCAGACAGACAUUCACGUGAACACUACUAAGCAAACUCUGCAGGGUGUGGCGUUCCCUCUGGACGGAGAGGCUGUCGCUGCGUUACAACAGUUCAAGGACAAAACACUCAACUACGUUCAGCUGAGCAUCAAUUUUGAGAAGGAGCUGAUCGUGUUGUCGAACACGGACGCCACGGAGGUGAAGGAUCUGCCCAAGCGGAUCCCCAAAGACGCGGCGCGCUAUCACUUCUUCCGCUACAAGCACUCGCACGAGGGCGACUACCUGGAGUCUGCAGUGUUUAUUUACUCCAUGCCGGGAUACAGCUGUGGGAUCCGCGAGCGCAUGCUUUACUCCAGCUGCAAGAAUCCACUGCUGGAGAUGGUGGAGAACAAACUGCAGAUGGAGGUGGAGAAGAAGCUGGAGAUCGAUAACGGCGACGAGCUGACGGCCGAUUUCCUCUACGACGAGGUUCAUCCCAAGCAGCACGCGCACAAGCAGGCCUUCGCCAAACCGCGCGGGCCGCCCGGCCGAAGAGGCGAGCGCAGGAUCACGCGACGACCCGGAGACGGCCAGGACGCCGACGAUUAACCCUCCAUCAGCAGACGAGGCCACGCCAUUCAUUCCUCACAGAAUCCGACGCAGAACUAUGCACAAUGAGACACAAACACCUCUGCGGUGCGUUUACGAGGUGUACUUCAAUUUCAAAACGAACCAACCAAUUAUUAAACAAUAUCGUGCAAGGCUUUAGUGAUUUUAAACUGUGCCAAAAUCAGGUCGUAGUUACUGCUGAAGACGUGACCUCUGCAAACAUUCGCCAUUCCUUUUAUUGUGUCUCAUAUUGUUUUAUUUUUCUAUUUUUUACCAAACACGAGGGAGAUGCCAAUCACGGCUCUGAUGGAUCAAACUCAUUUUUUUACGACAUAAACUCAUUUUUUGAUAUGAUUGUUUUGGUUCCCAUGUGCCAGGAUGCUCAUUUUUCUAUGCAAAUGCUGUUCUGUUGUUUUCUUUUCCAAUGUUUUUGUCUCUGAGGUGCAUUUCCCCGCCGUCUCCCGAGGCAUUACGAUGGAGCCAGAUCAGGACGCGUUAUUAUGAUGAAUCUAAAAAGGGAAGAUGGAAAUACAUGGGUGAAUUCGAUUGAAUCACUGUUGGGUCAAAACGAACACAGGUCACAUGGAGUAUCUACUGUCAUUUGGCAAACCACUGUUUAGCGUCCGUACUGUGACGGCAGCCGCUCGAGUUUCACAUGUAGCCUGUCUGUGCCGUGUGUGUGUGUGUGUGUGUGUGUGUGUCUAUGUGUGUGUGUGUGUGUAUACAGACGUCUCAAAUCUAUGUACAACUUUGUUUUUUUGUUUUUUAGAGAAAAAUAAAGUAUUUGAAUCAUUGAA